CAAUCACAUGAUCCCAUGUUCAAUAAUAACCCUCUGUCUCUUUUAAGACGACCUCCUGACCUCUUGUUCCGUGUGUUCAGGUGGUGUGGUCCCUGUAAGAUCCUCGGCCCGAGGCUGGAGAAAGCCGUGGCGAAACAGAACGGCAAAGUCACCAUGGCUAAAGUCGACAUAGACGAUCACACAGACCUGGCUAUCGAAUACGGGGUGUCUGCCGUCCCGACAGUAAUCGCCAUCCGGGGCGGUGACGUCAUCGAUCACUUCGUUGGGAUCAAAGACGACGAUGAACUCGAGUCAUUCGUCAGCAAGAUCAUCGGGAAAUGAGCCAGCCCCCCCCCCCCCCCCUUUGAUCUCCCAUUCACCUGCAACAUGCUGAAUUAUUUUGGCUGCCAUUUUGAGCCAGAUUAGCAAAAGCCAAUAAACAAACUUCUCGCCACCAUGGCAGAACCAUCUGCUCACACCCAUCCCUCGACACUCCGCUUCAGCUUUGCUUUAUCGCUUCAGUCUUUGUCUGUUAUUUUUUUGUCUAGAGAUGGGUGUGUGCUUCCUUUUUAACCCUUUAGUUCAUGCCACGCUCCAUUUUAGUCUCAAUAAUGUGAAGGUUCCUCAUUACAAGAACCGGUUGUUGCUGUAACUGUCUAAUAGAGUGGAAAAUGUAAACUGUAUAUUUAAAACAUUAGGGAUGAACAGUUUCUAGUUUUAGCGGUGGAGAGGAUUUAAGUUAAAAAAGCUGACGAUACUGAAUGAGGUUGUGGCGGUUUUACCUGUAGUUUCUGCUUUUGUCCACACGGGGGUGACGUUACUCUAACAUCGCAAAGCCACACAUGGUCAUUUUACACCAUUAUGCCUAAUAAUGUGAGAGGGAAAACAAGUAUGUGUGUGUGUCUGUAUGUGUGUGUGUGUGUGUGUGUUGUUUCUGGGUCCUGACUGUGGAACUUUAAGUCAAAUGGGAAUUGCAAAUAUUUAGUUUAUUACUCGAUUUAACUCGUACCGGAAACAUGACCAGGGGAAGUAAUAAAGAAGUCAGAAAACGUUAUGGAUUUGAAUUUUGUUUUUGUCUGUGGUUAAAAAAAUACACAAGGUUUUAGCUUUAUUAGUCCCUAAUGACACUGAUGCAAUAUAAUAGUUAUGUACUUUCCCUGUAUUGCUUUUUUGGCACUGUUUAUGAAGUGUCUCUACU